AUGGACAAAAACCGGUCGGUGAGCCUCUCGGGUGCUUGCGACGCAAAUAAAUGGCUGCAACACAAAUUUAAGGAUACUUCUUUGUUUGACAAAUACGUCAUAUACGUACAGUACUUUAGUAUGUUUACAGGUGCUAUACAUGACAUCGAUGACAAAGGAUACGAUAGGCUUGAAGCAAUGGAGAAGAAAGGGAUUGAAUAUAGUGGUCUGCGACUUCAACGUCCACGGUAUCCGCAAUCUGCACCAGCUACUAGAUAUCCACUCGGAAUGGCACGAAACAGUCUCAACGAGAAUCUAAGUAUGUUGUCUGUAACGCGGUAUUCCAUAAACAAGUCUUGUUCGAAUAUAUUACAACUGGAUCUGGUUAACACCAAGCAUGCACAAUUUGAUCGUAAUUGUGAAAAUUUUGGAAAAUUUGUAAAUGAAUUUAAAAAGAGAAAUGAAACUGAGUCACUCAAUAAUUGUAAUAAUCCAGACAGGGAACAAGCUCAUUCCGCCGGGAACAGGGGUGAAGGAAUAUUAUCUCUUACAAUUUUCGGGAAUAGUUCUGUCAGUCACAGAGUUCGCAGCCUACCGAGCAGUUCACAUUUAGGCAGAGAUGCAAGAAACGUCAAUAAUGAAAACCUCGGAAAGAAGGGAAUUGGUGGUGCUAGGAGUCCCUCUCCCAUGAGAAUGGGGAGGUCCCUCGGUAGGUUAACAUCGAGUAGAGAAUUUGCAUCUAGUUUUUCUUCCAAUAGUAAGCCACAGGGGUCAAUUAAGCUACAUAAUUCAGAACCUAGUAGCUUUUUUGAAAUCGAGUCCGAAGUUACUAGUGAAUUAGAGGAAGAAAGCCCUAUUCUGUACAGUGACAUCCAGGCCACCAUAACAAGUCCACACCAUCCCCCUUUUGCACUUCCAAUCGAGAGUAACCAGAGAAAGAUUUUAAGACCAAACAAUCUCUUUAGUCACAAUAAUGCAAGUCUAACCAGAGCAGACUAUUUUCAAGACUACAUGGAAGAAAUAAUGGCCAGAUGGAGACCUGGACACUCUCAAUUCAACGUUGACGACACUAUGGACGGUAAACAUCCCUACCAACAAGAAACCUUUGAACUAGAAGCCAAGGCUGCGAAAAUCAAUCCAUAUAAUCCGUUUAUUACAUUGAAAGCUUGGUUUAACAGAAAGGCUGCAAUUCCUGACCUUGAGAAUCAAAAUCAGACCAUUAACCAUAGCAAGACGGAUAAAGAGCGGAAUAAGCCCAUGAGAGACACUCUCGUACCCCAAUUACCAGAAAUUUCUGAGCGUCUUAAAAAAAUUGAAUUUAAGAUUAAUAGUUCCAAUUCGAUUAUACCCAAACCAUUUAAGCCAGGCGAAUGCUCUCAUGUCACAAAAGUUUUACGUCAAUCAAGUACUCAACAAGAAUUGACUCCAAUAGAUGGGCCAUCUUAUACACCGAAAGCAUUACCUUUCAAUGAUUAUGAUUUAAACUUCGAAACAAAAGAUUGCUUUUCAAGUCAUAAGCCAGAAAAAGGCAGUAAUGCCAUCAUAGAUUCAAUGGAUGAGGAUAUACGUGAUUUGCUCAAUGGGUUUGAUAACUUUUUGUCUGAUUGUUUCCAAAGUUUCUUGAACGCAUGCUCUUCAACGGGUAAAAUGUGCUUUAAUCCAACAUAA